AUGAUGAAAUACUUCCAAGAAGCUAAGCUGCAUGGAGCAACAUUAGAUGAGAAGACUCAAGUUGGAAUCAUUCUCAAUAGCCUUGCACCCAGUUUCCUUACGUUCACCACAAACUAUUUUCUUAACAAGUUGGAAUAUGGAAUGACUCAGUUAUUGAAUGAGCUCCAGAUUUAUGAGGGAAUAAAUGGUGGAAAGAGUAAAGGACAUGAGAAGAAGGUUGCUACUACUGAGGGUGCUCAGGGUGAGGCUAACCUAGCCUCAUCCUCGAAGAGCAAGAAGAGAAAGACAAGGAAGGAGAAAAAGAAGGCUAAGAAGCCAGCAGUUGGAAAGGCACCGACAACUAAAAAUCCUUCUGGAGCAAAGCCAACUAGUAAGAAGGCUAAAGAACAGUGUUUCCAUUGCAAGGAGGAGGGGGCAUUGGAAGCGUAA